CCGGUGAAGCCCGAGCGCCUCGGGAACGCGGGAGCCGGUGAAGCCCGAGCGCUGCAGGAGCCGGGCGGCCGCGCUGCCAGCCCAGCGUUCAGGGCACUCACUGCCACGGCUCUAACGACAGCUGUCAUUAGGACAGGCAGGAGCCUGUGGUUAAACAGCAGUAAAAUGAAGCGUUACCCGUCUCCUCAGCUGUUUGUCUUCCUGGCAGGCUGGCAGGUGUCUUCACCUGGGCUGGCAUCCCUUGCUGCUCCCUGCCCUUUGGGAUGGUCUUUCUGUUGGCAGAAGCCACCUUCUGCUUCUCAGCAGCAGAAGCUGUGUUGACAAAGGGACUUUCUGCUGGUGUGACUGUACCUGCUUGUCCUAACACGGUUAUGUUGAUGGGUGGUGGAGCAAAGUGUGUCUUUAGGAGAGGGCUGGAGAAGUGUGAUAGCCGCAGAGGUGUGGGAUGUGUGUAUCUCUGCAAUACACAGCUGGAAGGUUCCUUCAGCCAGAGUCUGUCUAACUUCCUAGUAGGUGUCCUGGCUGUUAAUUUGUUCAGUUACUCUUUGAUCUUGCAGAUGGGUUUGGUAUCCACAGCCCCUGGAGCUAUCUGUUGUGGCAAGAGAAUAAUUGCCUGCAGUGUCUCAGAUGUGGUGCCCGGCUUCUCAAACAAGCAGCUUGUUUCCCCGAUUUCAGAAGCAACUUGGUCUCUAUGUUUCAAAGCAUAACUUUGCAUUGGCAGUCUUGUGUUUUGGGUUUUGUUUUCUCUCUAACAAAUUGUGUUCCUUAGGCAACUUGUUGCAGCGCUGGAAUGUUCCCGUAGGAGUGCAGCUGAGCAGACAAGUGGCUAGCUCUGGUGUGCCCGGGGGCAGAGGCCAUAGCUCUGUUUUUGUCCUUAUUGUGGGCUUGUCAACGUUAGGAGCGGGUGUCUAUGUGUACAGAACCCUGAGAGAAAAGAAAGAGCGAUUCACCAGCCGUGUCACAACCAUAACCACACGAUCUCCCUCCGAUACAGAUGCUGCUUCUCAGGGCACAGCAGCUCCGGGGGCUCACCCUGAGCUCCCAUCCCACGUUCCUUUCCUGCUGAUCGGCGGAGGAACCGCUGCUUUCGCCGCUGCCAGAUCCAUCCGGGCUCGUGACCCCGGUGCCCGGGUGCUGAUUGUGUCUGAAGAUCCUGCCCUGCCCUAUAUGCGUCCUCCUCUCUCCAAAGAGCUGUGGUUUUCCGACGAUCCGGAUGUGACGGAGAGCCUGCGAUUCAAACAGUGGAACGGCAAGGAGAGGAGCAUCUAUUUCCAGCCGCCGUCGUUCUAUGUGCCCGUCCAGGACCUGCUCUCUGUAGAAAAUGGUGGGGUGGCAGUUCUCUGUGGCAAGAAGGUUGUGCAUAUGGAUGUGAGAGGUAACACAGUGAAACUCAGCGAUGGCAGCCAGAUAUCCUACGACAAAUGUCUCAUUGCCACUGGUGGUUCCCCGAGGAACCUGCCGGCCAUUGAGAGAGCCGGGCAGGACGUACAGCGGCGCCUGACGCUCUUCCGCAAGAUUGAGGACUUCAAAAGCCUGGAGAAGAUUUCAAGAGAAGUCAAGUCCAUCACAAUUAUUGGUGGUGGUUUUCUGGGCAGUGAGCUGGCCUGUGCCCUGGGACGAAGAGCACGAACCAGAGGCCUGGAGGUGAUUCAGCUGUUUCCAGAGAACGGCAACAUGGGCAAAGUCUUGCCUGAAUACCUCAGCAACUGGACAACAGAGAAGGUCAGAAAAGAGGGUGUUAAUGUCAUGCCCAACGCCGUGGUCAAGUCUGUCUCUGUCUCUGGCAAUCGGCUGCUGAUUAAACUGAAGGAUGGCCGAAAGGUGGAGACUGAUCACAUCGUGGCUGCUGUAGGGCUGGAGCCUAACGUGGAGCUGGCCAAGUCUGCGGGGCUGGAGGUGGACUCGGACUUCGGGGGCUUCCGUGUGAACGCGGAGCUGCAGGCACGCUCCAACAUCUGGGUGGCAGGGGAUGCUGCCUGCUUCUACGACAUCAAACUGGGCCGGAGACGCGUGGAGCACCACGACCACGCCGUGGUCAGCGGGAGGCUCGCUGGAGAAAACAUGACAGGAGCUGCAAAGCCCUACUGGCACCAGUCCAUGUUCUGGAGCGAUCUGGGCCCUAACGUGGGCUAUGAAGCCAUUGGGCUGGUUGACAGCAGCCUGCCCACCGUGGGAGUGUUUGCCAAAGCCACGGCAAAGGACACGCCGAGGAGCGCCACGGAGCAGUCAGGGACGGGCAUUCGGUCCGAGAGCGAGACGGAAGCAGAAGCCUCCGAGGUUCACAUCGCUCCAAGUGCUUCACCAACGCCUCAGGUUCCCAGGAAAGGGGAAGAUUAUGGCAAAGGUGUCAUCUUCUACCUCAGGGAUAAAGUGGUGGUAGGAAUUGUGUUGUGGAACAUCUUCAACAGGAUGCCUAUUGCUCGGAAGAUCAUCAAAGAUGGGGAGGAGCAUCAUGAUCUCAAUGAAGUAGCAAAGCUUUUCAACAUCCACGAGGACUGAGCUGGGGCUGGGCCAGUGCAGCAGGAGCGUGUGGGGCCCUGGGUGCCCCUUCAGCCAUCUCUGGCAGCUUCCUCUGGGAACUGGGGAGAAGCUGCAGUCACAGACUACUAAUGUUUGCACCAAUAAAGCCAGACUCUUCUAA